CCCUCUCUCUCUCUCUCUCUCUCUCUCUCUCUCUCUCCUCUUAAAUAUCAUUUUCCUUUUUAUUUAGGUUUGGAAGGAAUUGAGCAGAAACAGGAAUAUAAGCAAAGAGAGAAAAAAAAAAAAGGAAACUAAGAAAAUAAAAAGGAAAAUAAAUGCUGUGGGUAUGUGUUUGUGUGUCUGCAUGACACCGAGUCACAGAAGAACCACAUAGCAUCCUUACUUUUCAAAAAUUUUCAUUUAAAUGGCCAUGGGUUGAUUCGUUUCCUCUGUAUGUUGCCUUGGUUUUAGCUUCUUUUUCAGAUAUUACCUUCUUAGAUUUCUUCAUCCUAAAACACCCAGAAUCUGGAAUUAUUACUCUCUUUUUUUGGGUGUUUUUGAGAUAAGGUUUGAUAAGAGAUUUUGAAUUGCAUGUGGCGUUGGUGAUUAGAUUGUAGAUUGGUGAAUCUGAAGAAGAACAAGAACUAGAAAGCUCAAAGAGAAGAUAAGAGGUUUUGCUUCAGAGAUGGCUGGUGCUUCUUCGUCUGCAGUGUUCUUUGGAAUGAGAGAAGAAGAUCAAAAUCAGAUGAAACCACAGCAUUCUUCAGUACCAACUUCAUCAACAAACCCAACUCCAGCUCCCCAGAAGAAGAGAAGAAAUCAAGCUGGAACUCCAUAUCCAGAUGCAGAGGUUAUUGCGCUAUCUCCCAAGACCCUAAUGGCUACAAACAGGUUUGUGUGUGAGGUAUGCAGCAAAGGAUUCCAGAGGGAGCAAAACCUACAGCUUCACAGAAGAGGACACAACCUGCCUUGGAAGCUAAAGCAGAAGACUACAAAAGAGGUGAGACGGAAGGUCUAUCUGUGUCCUGAGCCCACAUGCGUCCACCAUGACUCUUCAAGAGCUCUUGGCGACCUCACUGGAAUUAAGAAACACUACUCUAGAAAACAUGGUGAGAAGAAGUAUAAGUGUGAGAAGUGCUCUAAGAAAUAUGCUGUGCAGUCUGAUUGGAAAGCCCAUUCAAAAACAUGUGGUACUAGAGAAUACAGAUGUGACUGUGGCACUCUUUUCUCAAGGCGUGACAGUUUUAUCACUCAUAGGGCCUUCUGUGAUGCACUGGCUGAAGAGACUGCAAGACAUCCAUCCACCUUGAGCACCAUUGCCAGCCAUUUGUAUGGAACUGGAAGCAGCAACAUGAGCUUGGGGUUAACUCAAAUGGGUCCCCAAGUUUCUUCAAUUCAAGAUCAGAACCAAACACCUAAUGAUAUGCUCCGACUUGGUGGUGCUCGGACAGGUCAAUUCGAGUCUCUUAUCGGACAGUCUGUUGGUUCAGCAUUCAGACCUACCCAAACUAUGCCUUCAUCUGCUUUCUUCAUGCAAGAAUCAAACCAACGCAGCCAUGAAGAAAACCAAUCUCAACUUGGAUUAUUUCCAAACAAGCCAUUUCAUGGACUAAUGCAACUUUCUGAUCUUCAGAAUAGUUCAAACAACCCUCCUGCUGCCAAUCUGUUUAAUCUCGGUUUCUUUUCGAACAGCAGCAACAAUAGCAGCAUUGAUAAUGGCAGCAACACGAACAAUAAUAACAACAGCAAUAUAUCAUCUUCAAGCUUACUGAUUCCGAAUCAGUUCAACAAUGGACAUGCUAGUGGUAGCAGUGGUGAAGGGACAGGGUCCAACAUAUUCUCUGGUAAUCUUGUGGGUGAUCAUAUGAGUUCUGGCUUCGCUUCUUUUUAUAACCCAUCAGCUCAAAACCACAAUGUUGCUCCACAUAUGUCUGCAACUGCACUGCUUCAAAAAGCUGCUCAAAUCGGAUCAACCUCAAGCAACCAUGGGGCCUCUUUGCUGAAAGGGUUUGGAACCUCCUCCUCAGGGGGCGGAAAAUCGGAUCGCCCCCUUGCAGCCGCCAACUUCGGCAGCGGUUUUGGCGAAAACAAUGGAAAUAAUCUCCAUGACCUAAUGAAUUCCCUUGCUAGUGGUGGCUCCUCCAUUUUUGGAGGUGGGUCUGGAGGGAUUAAUACAUAUGGUGGGCAUGGACAAGAGGAACAUUAUGGUGGAUACAAUGAAAAUAAACUUAAUUUGGAACAACCACCACAAAACAACCAUAGCCCAAGUUUCGGAAACAUGGACCAAACCAAGCUGCACCAGAAUGUCAAUGUUACUGUUGGGGGCUCCGAUGGACUGACUAGAGAUUUUCUUGGGGUAGGGGAGAUAGUGAGAUGCAUGAGUGGUGGGUUUUCACAGAGAGAGCAGCAACGUGGGAUUGAUAUGAGCUCAUUGGAUUCAGAACCAAAGACUGCGCCGAAAAGCCAAUCUUUUGGAGGUGGGAGCUUUCACUGAGAUGAACUAGUAAGAAAAAGGAAGCAACAAAGCACAGGAAUUUCAACAUUGUUUAAGAAGCAGCUUUGUUCCUUUGCUUAUUGAUCCGGUUCACCCUAAAGUCUAUGUUCCAGCUAGGUGAUCAUAAAGACCAUGGAAUUUUGAUAUGUUAUUGAACAGGCAUCAAGAACUCCCUUAUAUUUUGAUGGAAACCUUAGCAAACAAUUUGUUGAUGUUUUUUUUUGUAGUGUUAAUGUCUUUUUCGAAUCAGAAAAAGAGCACAGAAGACAGAUAAACUUUGUGAGGAUAUCCUAAACUCAUGCUUUAGUUGCUUGACAAUUUAAGUGUUUUUGGUAUUGUUAAGAACAUCACUACAUCUUAUGUGUGGUCUGUGGAUGCAGCCCCAACCCGCCCAUGGUGAGGGUUUUCCCGCUUUGGUGGGGAUAGCACCAAGUCCAAAAGGGGUGGUUUUAACAAAAGCCAUCACCCUUUGCUUUUAGUUUCAGCUUCACUCAUAAUGAUGGCUUUAUUUCUUUGAAUUGCUGUAACUGAAGAAAAAAUUUAUUUCUUGCUUAUUCAGUUUUUGUUUAGAAACAGUUAGCUCCAAAUCAUAAGAAG